GGAGAGGCGGAAGUGGGAGUGUCCGAAGAUUCCCAUGCUGCUGAAAUCAAGGAGAGCGAGCCGAAGACGAAUGGAGGGCCAGAAGUAGUGAGAAAUCGAAGGAAGGAAGGAGAAACUGCGGGCAAGUGGAAUGAAGAGGAACAAAGGAGGGAUGAGGAGGGCGAUUGUGAUGCCCCAGCAGGCGGGAACGGACUGGAGACGAGAGGAAACGAGGGAGCGAUGUUUGCGGCUGAUACAAGUGGAGCAUUCCGAGCCGAGAAGCGAGAGCAGCAAAGGAAUGGGCAAGAUGAGACUGCCGGCGCAGAGGAGAAGUACAUGGAGAGCGAGAAAGAGAGGGGAGAUGAGCUGGAGGAGGAGUGGACAACGAAACGAGUGUCUGAACCAGAGGUGCAAGCGGGGAUGGAAGCGUGCCCGAGUCUUGUUACCCAAAGUCCGACACCGACUGGCGGCAAUGACGCCCGUUCUGACGACGAUACUACUGAAGAAUCUGCACGUCCCUCAUCCGAGAGAGGAGGAUCUGCUGCCGUCAUCACUACUAGUAGUAGCGUCGCCGUUGCCACUGCUGAUUCGGCAACUACUUCAAUAAUCACCAGCGGUACAAGUAGUACUGGUGCCUCUACAGCUUCUGCCGCGACAGCUACUAGUGCCGCUACGGCUGGCGGCAAUUUGACGGCCAUGAUAGACGCGGACGGCAGUAGUGACGUUGCCUCACAGCCGGAUAUAUCACGGCCGGGGAGCGGGGAACCAACGGUUGGAGUUGGGGAGGGGGAGGGCAGCGGAGGUGCGGGAAGCGCCGGGGUGGCGCGAAGCGGCGGGGGGGUGUUGCGCAGCGAGGAGGGGAGGCGCGGGAGGAGGCGCGUGCAGCGGCAGUCGUGGGGCGGCGCGUGCAUGUUCUGGAGCAUCGCAGCUCUCAUCGUCGUCAUCGCCGCGCUCGGCGCGUACCUCACAGCCGUGGGACCGCUUCCCAACGACGCUCUGCGAUUCGUGCUCGUCGCCACCACCGUCGUCUUCGCCGUCGCGUCGCUCGCGCUGCUGCUAGCCAUCCGAUACGUCGACCCGGGCAUCGUACCGCCCUCCGCAGUUCCAGACCCUAUGGUGGUGCGCGCGGAGAUGGGGGACGUAUCCCCCGAGCUGCUGCGUGACUCCAAUGGCCAGUGGGUGCGCGCCAAGCUCAUUGCGCGCCAAGCGCUCCCGCGCAACCGCCACGCAGGCGCCCACCCCGCGGAGCCCAGAACUCCCCCCUUGGGUGCAACCGACGAAGAAAUGGGCCUUCCUGUCGAGGGGAAGGGGGGCGCGGAGAGGGAGGGGGAACCAGCGGAGGGGGGAGCGGAAGAGAAAGGGGGGGCCGGGGCGGAAGUGGUUGAGGAGGUGGAGACACAGAGCGGCUGGACCACCACUGUGACGCCCUGGGAACAUGCAUCGCGCGCCGCAACCAUCGUUUCUUCAUCUCCUUCCUCCUCGCCUGCUCCCUCGCCGCCACAGCAGUCAUUGUGUCAGUCUGCUUACAGCUGGCAUCAGUUGAUUGGUCCAGAGAACUUUCACUCAACCUCCCUUUUCCGACUCCACCCUCAUCCCUCCUCUCUGCCUCGUGCCCUGCCUGCUUCCCUGCAGGGGCCUGGAAGGGCAGCCAUGGCAGAUGUAUGUGCUACUGGUGCUGCAGCCCCUCUCCUUCUAUGCUCGCUCAAUCACUUCAUCACUCGCCCUCUCGCUGCCGCCAUGGCUGCGGCCGUGGGAUCGCUUCAGUUCGCUGCAGGCCGCACCGGCAUGAGCGUAGCGAGCUCGCGUGCGGCGUGCGCGGAGAGGCAUAGCGAUAACGGCGUACAUUGCUGCUCUUGUCGCUCCGGAUCUGCCCGUCUGCUUCCAGCUGGCUUACCAGCCGCCGUCUGUGGCUCUUCCGCGGUGCGGCUUGCGAGCCAUUGUGGCGAGAAUGGCGUCGGAAUGAGUCGUUCAGAAGGCAAGGGUGCUCCUCGCGCGUUAGUAGCACACUCGACAUUGGCUCCCGAACUCCAAGCAUCAUCAGCGGCUUCUCACCCGCAUCCACACGCGCGCGCCCAUCCCCAUCCCUCCGCCUCUCUUCCCGCUCCCGCGCUGCUUCCGCUCGUCCUCCUCUGCCUGCUCCCCGCGCUCUUCCUCUUCCCGCCCCCCGCCUCCGCCUUCCGCCUCACCUUCCCCCCCGCGCGGGACCUGAACGAUGACGUGGACUCGCGGCUGUACCAGCCGCCGUGUGGCGUGCAGCGCGGGCCGCGCAGCCCGCUGACGUCACUGACAGCUGGCGCGGGCCUGAACGUGACGUGGAGCCUGGCGAUGGCGACAGCUGGCGGGUUCAAAGUGGAGUUGCUGCGACCGCUGGGCGCUCGUUCCCAGAUGUUCCCAUGGGAGCAGCGGAUCCUGGUGGUCGAAGGGGUGGACGGCAAGGUGCUGCAGCGUUACGCGGUUACCGCGCUGACUAACGAGACGGCAGCGUCAUGGGGCAUCAUGGCCAACCCUACGGCUCAGUGGGCGAUGGUCACUCUCCCUGCUGCUCCCUGCUUCGGCUGCACACUCCGCCUCACACAUCAGGCGCUAGCAGCAGCAGAAGAGCCGUACGUGCGGUGGAGCUGUGCAGAUGUCACGGUGGUGACAGCAGGCUCCAAUGCGUGCCAUGGCUGCAGCGGGGGCAUCGCCCCCUGUGCCCUCUCGCCCCUCUCUGACUCCUGGCAGUGCGCCUGCCCUGCUCAGUUGCCGCUGUCAGGGUCAUACUGUGAGCGCAAGGACGAGUGCAUGGUGGACAGUGACUGUGGCGUGAAUGCUAAGUGCAUUGACAUCCUCUCCUCCAACUCCCCCACAAGGCAGUGCUUCUGUGCGGAGGGGUGGAUGGGUCCGCAGUGCUCGCAUCGCUCGCCCCUAUCCCUGGAUGCAGCAGUGGACACCACCUCCUGGUGGAAGGAGUAUCCAUUCAACCUCACCAUCCCCAUCACCACCACCGCAACCACCGCCAACACAAUCACAAACGCUUCUGCCGGUGGCCUUAUGACGCCUACCAUCUCUGCUGCUUCUGCUGGUGUUGGCGGUGUUGCUGGUGCUGCGGGUGGCAGUGCGGUUGCAGGGAGUGGAGUGCGGUACGUGACGAUAUGGUGGAAGAUUCUCAAGGAUGAUGCCGCUGAUGCGUCACUGCCUGGGGGAUCUUCGCUCGCGUCCUUUGGACCACAGAUUGAGGUAGCCAUUGCAGCACCCACCACCAGCUACGUCGCCAUUGGCUGGCGCCCCGCCAACCUCCCCUGGGUCCCACCUCCCAACAUCAACCCCUCCCGCGCCACACCUUUCCCCCCGUCCCCUCCUUCCCCUCCUCCGCCCUCCCCCUCCCCACCGCCCCCUGUUCCCCGCCGUUCGCCUCCUCCCCCCCCUGCUCUCCCUCCUCCUGCUCCUCUCCGCACCCCCACUAGCCGCCGAAACCGAAGGUCCCCUCCCCGGGAGGAGAGGAGGAGCGGGGGAGCUGCGGGAGAAGGGAGGAGAGGUGGGGGGGAGGAUAGGAGGGAUGGGGGAGAUGGAAAUGAGGAAAGGUGGGGUGAGGGAGGUGCGGGGAGAGAGAGGAGAGGUGGGAGUGGUGCUGCAGGUGAAGAGAGGCGGAGUGGGGGAGGCAGGAGAGAGAGGAGCAGAGAACCACAAGAGGGGAGGGAAGGACGAAGGUCAGGGGAAGGGUCCAACACGCGCUCUGGACCACAAACCGAAUCGCAAUCAGAUUCUGGGGAAUUCAGUGGGCGUGAGAGUGGCAGCAGCAGGCGCAGGAGUGGAGGCAGCAGCAACAGAGCAGGUGGCAAUGCAGCAGAUGCUGAUGCAGCAGAGGCUGAUGCUACAGGCAGUGACACUGCCGCGGAUGGCAGCGGCUCGAAUGAACGGCGUGUGAGGGGACGAGAGACAAGGGAGACUGAUGCGGUGACGGUUCCAGGUGCAGCAACAAGCGCCGCUGUAACGGCACACCCUGCUGCGCCAACUACUCGCCCCGCUGCCACAGCUGCACACCCCGCUGCUACAACAACAGCUCGUCCCAGAUCCACUACCUCUCUCUCCGCCUCCUCCUCCUCCUCCUCCUCCUCCUCCUCCUCUUCCUCCUCGCCCUCUUCUGCAUCUCUCUCUCGCACCACCGCUGCUGCCACGCCUCCUGCCCCCACGCCACCGUCAAUCGUGGUGGAGAGGCAACACAGGGUACCAGUCCGAGAGGCGUCAGCAGGAGCCAUGCCGGCUAUGUUCCAGCAGGAUAUGACCAUUGUUACGGCCCGAGGGGGCUACUACCGCAUCCAGGACGCAUGGACGUUUUCGACCCAUGGCAUGCCCAUAGCAGACACAGCAAUGGGCGGCACGGAUGACAUCACUGCUGCUACCGCCCACGAAGACGCUGCCUCUGGCACCACUUAUGUCAAAUUCAGACGGCCCCUGCUGCCUUCCGAUGACUCCUUCGACCAUGCCAUCACUGAUAGCGAUUUCACCCUCGUCUGGGCUCUCGGUCAACCCUCGCCUGCCCUCCCCUCCACUGGCCCUCUCCUCUCAUCCGCUUCUGCCACAACCACCCAGACCCUCUCAACCCUCUCCUCCUCGCCCUUCCCCUCCUCCUCCGCCUCUGCGUCGCUGCCUCCUCUUGUGCAGCAGCAGAUUGCUGCAUUUUAUAGGGCGGACGAGUUGAAGUACCAUGGUGGCAGCAGCAGCAGCCGGGGGUCAUUCCCGCGCAUCAACCUCUUUCUCGGCUCCGACCCUCUUAACUCCGGCCUCUGCCAACCCUCCCCUCUGCCUGGCUUCUCCUGCUCCCUCGCCCUGCAAGGCGAUCGAGUGACCCUCCAUUGGGCCCUCCUCCCCACCUCCCUCUCCAUCGCUCUGCAAGUCACCGACUGCAAAGGAUGGCUCUCUGUAGGCUUCACUCCCUCUCCCUCCUCCUCCUCGUCUCCCUCUAAGCUCUCCGCCCUUGGGAGCUACGUGGUGCUUGCUGAUGUCAGCCAAGCCAGUGCUGGCGUCAGCCGGGUGUCUCCCUAUUCACGCGCAGCAGCAGCAACACCAACAGCAGCAGCAGCAGCAGCAGGAACGGGAACAGCAGGAGCAGCAGCUGCAGGGGGAGCGAGGACGACAGGUGGGGGAGCAGCCGUGGGAGCAUCCAGUGGAGGAGCAGGUGCAGCAGGGAGCCCAGUGGUGCGGUCAUUCAUACUAGUGAACCACACAGCGCAGGGCGUGCAGAGCAGCAACCGCCUGGAGUUCUCCAACGCAUCAGUCACUCUCGUCAAUGGCUCGGCGCUGCUCUCCUUCUCACGCCCCUACACUCAGCGCAACGGCGCCCCGAAUAUCUCCCUGGGGGCAGAUGAGCUCUCACACCUCGUGUGGGCGUUUUCUCCCAAUGCGUUCUCCUCCUCUGGGGGGUCCGCUUCCCUGCCGAACCACUACCUCCAGAACAGGGGCUCUCUAUGGUUGAACUGGGCAUCAGGGGAGGCGCAGGUGCAGGCGUCGCCCUUCCCAUGGCUCAUCGCUCACGCUUCCAUCAUGGCCUUUGUCUUCUGCUUCCUCCUCCCUCUCUCCGCCGUCGCUGCACGGCUCCUAGCAGUACGCCCAGACUCCAACCGCCCUGUCUUCCACCCUCUCCACGUGCUCUCUGCCCUCCUCACGCCCCUCCUCCUCGUACCCGCACUCGCCUUUGCCAUCCAUGCAGCUUCUUUCUUCCGCACCAACUCCGCCCUCCUCCUCUCCAUAGCCCCCUCCGCGCCUCACAGGCCCGCCGCCCUGCUCACCCCGCACGGGCUCCUGGGCGGCGCGCUUGUCCUUUUCCUCGUGAUUGAGGUGAUCUGCGCGCUGCUGUGCCGCCCGAGUGUGGGCACGCCUGGGCACGCGUGGUGGAUGCUGCUGCACAGAGUGCUGGGAGUGGGGUUGUUGCUGGGAGGAGCGGCUAAUGUUGCCCUGGGAGCUCUGCAGCUGGCUAUGCUGCUAGGCCAACCACUCUGGUUGUGUGUGGGCGUGCCUCUGCUCCCCUGGGCGCUCCUCUCGCUGCUCUACCUGCUGCUGCAGCUCGCGCGCCCCACGCCAGCAGCCCCACCCAAGCUCCAGGCAGAGGAUUUCGACGUGCUGGCUGCGGCCAUGCGCACCAAAGUCACGGGGUUCAAGGGGGCAGGAGCGGCAGGGGUGAAUGGCGGGGCGGGGCAGGGAGAGGGGGUGAGGGAUGGGGUUGUGGGGGGGUUGGAGGAGUGGCCGCCUGCUGGGGUGAAAUGGCCGACUGCUCGCCGAUCGGCACCUGGAACUCCCUCGGGGCCGCAGAGGCAGCAGCAGAGCCCCACGCGCAGCUUCGGCAGUGUGAGUGAGCUCGGCAGCACCACAGACUCCUCCCCGCCUCCCAGGGAGCCCCUCUACGGCCGCCCCUUCAUCUCCCACAGCAGUGGGGAGAGCAGUAGCAGCGGGGGGGAGCAGCGCAGGUGGCAGGGUGUGCGGCGUGGGGGGAGGCGGGCGUGGCAGAGAGGGCAGGAGACGGUGGAGACUUCUCCGCUUGCUGCUCCUGAGAUCCACACCAGGUUGCCGCGGGUGAGCGGAGCGGAGGUUGCGGGGAGGAGUGGCAGGCACGGCGGGAGGGAACACUGCCUUUGCCUCAGCCUCUGUCACCCUUGCCAUCCCUGCAUCCCUGCUAGCCCCGCCGUCGCUGCCAAUUCUGCGAGUCUCGCUGUUCUUGCCUGUCUUGCCAGCUCGGCCGAUCCGACGUUGGACGUUGCUCGAUCGCACGUCUCGAUCUCACCAUCCAUGGCGUCGGCAACUCCAUCGGACGGCCUAGCGCAAUCCCCGCCUCCUCCAGCGGCGGAAUUCACAGCGAAUCCCGCCACGUCAGUGGCGGAAGCUGGUGCCACGUGGCAGGCGGACGCGUCGUCAGAGACGCGGUCGCAGUCCCCGUCGGACGAGCCCGCGCGGCAAUCCCAAGGUCCGGUCGAAGCACCCGCGCAAGUCCCUGGUGCUGCGGGGAAGGGUGAAGGCGGUGAAAUUCCCGCGGGGGGUGUACCCUCCGGCGCGGAUGAAAUUCCCGCUGAUGGGGGUGUACCCUCUGCCGCUGCUCCCACUCCUGCUGCUCCCGCUGCUCCCGCCGCUCCCGCCGCUCCCGCUGUCGGUGAGGAGCAGUCGUCUGGCGGGUCAGUCGGCACUCCCACGGCCGCUCUAACCACUGCUGGCAGUAGCAGCGCGCUUAACGCCGCCGCUCCCGCCUUCGUCCCGCAGUUUGCAUGCGCGGGCGCGGGCGCAGGCGGAGACGUUGCGUGGCUGCCGGCGCACCUGCUGCCCCCGCAGCCGCUGCUUCCGCUGCCGUUCAACACGUCUGGAACGGCGCAGCAAGGCGGUGCGCCGUUCGCGGGGUAUGGCAGAGGAAUUUCCGCGCACGCGCUGGCGCAGGGGGUUGGCGGAGGGUGGGGGGAUGCGGGGUGGGAAGCGGGGGGGGUUUGGGGCGCGCAGGAUGCGCUUGGGGCGAUGCGGGGAAGCGGAGCGGACGGCGGAAGGAGAGAGGGGCGCGCGGAUGGGUCGGCGGGUGGUGGCGGGGCAGGCGGAACGGCUCGUGUGAGUAUCCUGCGCGCAAGUAUAGUGCAAGGGCAGGGGCACGGGCGAGGGCGCGGGCACGGACACGGGCAAAGGCAUGCGCACCCACAGGGCCACCCACAGGGCCACCCACAUGGGCACGCGCGUGGGCACGCGCAGGGGCACGCGCAGGGGCACGCGCAGGGGCACGCGCAGGGCCAUGCGCAGGGACAGGGGCAUGCGCAGGGGCAGCAGGAGAAAGGCGCAAUGGGGAGGAGGGAGGCGGGAGGAGGAGGCGGAGGGGGAGGAGGCGGAGGCGGAGGCGGAGGCGGAGGGGGCAUGGUGCGACGCUCUAAGGCGACGUUGGAACAAGAGGCGGAUGUGAAAGAGGUGCUGCUGAAACUGGUGGAGUUCUAUUUCAGCGAUCACAACAUGCCAUACGACCAUCACCUCCUAUCCAUGGCUAACCAGGACCCCCAAGGCUUCGUGUCGCUGUGGUACCUGGCGCAGUUCAGGGAGGUGCGGUCCAUGCUGCAUCCCACCAUGUCCACUGCACCAGGCCCCAUCGUUGCACUGCUUGCCGAUGCCAUCCGUGAAGCCUCCUCCUCAACCACAACUACCCUGGUGUUGAGCGAUGACGGCAUGCGGGUGCGCAGGCAGCACCCCUUACCCUUCACAGACGUGGAUGAGCUGCAGGCACGCACAGUCGUCGCCCACAACCUCCCACCCAACCUCUCGCUCUCUGCCAUAGAGGACAUUUUCAAGCAGGCUGGCAGGGUGCGCAUGGUGCGUCUCUGCACCCCACAGGCGUCUGGUCACACUGCUUCUGCUGUGGCCCACGUGCGAGUUGCCGCCACUGCUGCCCCUUCUGCUGCUGCGUCUGCCGCCACCGCCGCAGCUGCCACUGCUGCUGCUUCUUCGAUUGCUGAUGCCCUGUCAGCUGAUGCUGCCGCUGCCACUGCUGCUGCCCCUGCCACUGCUGAUGCCCCGUCAGCUGCCGCUGCUCCUUCCGCUGCUGCUGACCUGCUUACUGGUGCCAGCAACAGCCACGGGGAGGCAGCAACUUGUGCGAAGGUGAGGUGGACUGUGCAGGUGUGGCUGUCUGUACUGCACUAA